AUGGCUCUGGCCUGUGCCGCCCCAGGGAACACCUUCUGUAAGCAGCUACUUUUUGCUCUGCUGGUUCUGCUAUUAUUUUGCGAUGCUUGUCAGAAAAUUUCUCUUCAGGUUCCUCCUCAUCUUCAGGCUGAAACACUGAUUGGCAAAGUGAAUCUGGAGGAGUGCCUCAAGUCGGCCAGCCUAAUCCUGUCUAGUGACCCUGCCUUUCGAAUUCUAGAAGAUGGCUCCAUUUACGCAACGCAUGACCUCAUUUUGUCUUCUGAAAGGAAGAGCUUUUCCAUUUUUCUCUCAGACUCUGAGAGUCGGGAACAAAAAGAGAUGGAGAUUGAACUGUCAGCCAGAGGGGAAGAGACCGUCAGGAAAAGACAUACUAAAAGCACAGUCCUGAAGCGCACGAAGAGAAGAUGGGCUCCUAUUCCUUGUUCUCUGAUGGAGAACUCACUCGGUCCCUUUCCACAGCAUGUGCAGCAGGUCCAAUCCGAUGCUGCACAGAAUUACACUGUCUUUUAUUCCAUAAGUGGGCAAGGAGUGGACAAAGAACCCUUAAAUUUGUUCUACAUAGAGAAAGAAACUGGAGACAUCUAUUGCACAAGAAGCAUUGACCGUGAGCAAUAUGAUAAAUUUGAGAUCUAUGCCUAUGCAAUAACUCCGGAUAACUACGUACUAGAACAUCCUCUCCACUUGCUUUUCAAAGUAGAAGAUGAUAAUGACAAUGCUCCUUAUUUUGAAAAUGUAAAAUCCAUCUUUAACAUUCCUGAAAACUGCAGAUCUGGAACUUCUGUGGGAAAAGUGACUGCUGUAGACCUUGAUGAACCUGACACUUUGCAUACUCGUCUGAAAUACAAAAUCCUACAACAAAUCCCAGAUAAUCCAAAGCAUUUUGCUAUACAUCCAGAUACAGGUGUCAUCACAACAACUACGCCUUUACUGGAUAGAGAAAAAUGUGAUACUUACCAAUUAAUAGUGGAGGUUCGAGACAUGGGAGGUCAACCUUUUGGUUUAUGUAACACAGGAACAAUUACUAUUUCACUUGAGGAUGAAAAUGACAAUUCACCCUAUUUCACAGAAAAAUCGUAUGUGGCAGAAGUAGAAGAAAACAGAAUCGAUGUUGAGAUUUUACGAAUGUCAGUACAUGAUCUGGAUUUGCCAAACACUCCCGAAUCAAGGGCUGUAUACACAAUUAUUCAGGGGAAUGAAAAUGGGAAUUUCAAAAUCAGCACAGAUCCAAACACAAAUGAAGCAGUGUUAUGUGUUGUCAAGCCAUUGAACUACGAAGUCAAUCGGCAAGUUAUCUUGCAAGUUGGCGUACUUAAUGAAGCACAGUUCUCUAAAACUGCCAACUCACAACCUCCCACAAUGUGCACCACAACUGUCACUGUCAACAUUAAGGACAGUGAUGAAGGUCCUGAAUGCCAGCCACCUGUGAAAGUUGUGCAGAGCAAAGAUGGCCUCCCAGCAGGCACAGAACUGCUUGGAUACAAAGCACUGGACCCAGAAACACGCAGUGGUGAAGGCUUAAGGUAUAUGAAGUUAGUAGAUGAAGAUAAUUGGUUUGAUAUUGAUGAGAACACUGGCAAUUUAAUAACUCAAAAGCAACUAGAUAGAGAAUCGAAAUUUGUAAAAAACGACCAAUAUAAUGUUACCAUAGCUGCAAUGGAUUCAGUUGGCCGUUCCUGCACUGGGACAUUAGUAGUGUUUGUGGCCGAUGUUAAUGAUCACCCACCAGGAAUUGAUACAGAUGUGACUAUUUGUCGACAUGAAAAGGAUUAUGCUGUACUUGAACCUGUAGACCCAGAUGGGCCUGAUAAUGGCCCACCUUUUCAAUUCCUUCUGGAUAAUUCUGCCAACAAACUUUGGACAGUAGAACCAAAAAAUGGUAAACAUUUCUUACUACGUGAACGGCAAACUCUUGAUUAUAACUAUUAUUUUGUACCUAUCCAAAUUCAAGACAGACAUGGUCUUGGUUCAAAACAUGUAUUAUCGGUGAGAAUAUGUGAUUGUACUACUCCAUCUGAAUGUAGAAUGAGUCCUGAACCAAGAGAUGUUAAGCCAAAUGUUGUACUUGGAAAAUGGGCCAUUCUUUCCAUGGCUCUGGGGGCUGCUUUGUUAUUAUGUAUUCUGUUUACAUGUUUCUGUGUCACUGCUAAGAGAACAGCUAAGAAAUGUUUUCCAGAAGAUGUAGCACAGCAAAAUUUAAUUAUAUCAAAUACUGAAGGACCUGGAGAAGAAGUGAUGGACGCCAAUAUUAGGCUCCCCACACAGACAUCCAACAUUUGUGACACAACCAUGUCAGUGGGUACUCUUGGUGGCCAGGGAAUCAAAACACAGCAAAGUUUUGAAAUGAUCAAAGGAGGCUACCCGGUGGAUCUCAGCAGAGGAGGCGGGCAUCAGACCCUGGAGUCCAGCAAGGGAGCAGUGCAAGGCGUCAUGGACACUGGCAGAUACACAUACACUGACUGGCAGAGUUUCACCCAACCUAGGCUUGGCGAAAAGGUGUAUUUGUGUCGACAAGCUGAGGAGCACAAGCAUUCAGAAGACCAUGUGCGUUCGUAUAAUUACGAAGGCAAGGGAUCUAUGGCCGGCUCCGUAGGCUGCUGCAGCGACCGACAGGAAGAAGAAGGGUUAGAGUUUCUGGAUCAUCUGGAACCCAAAUUUAGGACAUUAGCAAAGACGUGUGCAAAGCAAUAA